CGAGUGACGUAUGCGAGCGCCGGCCAGCACGGUUUGGGUUAAAAGAGCGCAAGCGAAACGCAAAAAGGGAAAUUGCAUCGACGUGGAAGCUUCACACGGGUUAUUGAUUUUCCACAUCACGUUUCAUCCUGGUGGUCGUCUUCUCUGUGCUGAUGGCCGGCCUCGUGACCUUUGUCUUGCCCGGCUGCGCAGACACCAUCUCUUACUGUGUAACGCGAAGCGGCCAGACCUGUCAGCUCUUUGCCCCAGCCAGCAGUACUCUGACUUGGGCAGUCGGAGCUGGCAUGUGAAUUCUCAGCUCUGCGCCGACGGCUUCCUGCCUCACCCCCCCAGAUUCGACUAGCGCCCCAGCCUCUGCUCGGCGCUGGGGCCUGUGGGGCGGUCGUUGGAGCGGCUGGGUCCGGUCUGGGGAAGCCUCGGCUCAACGCAGCUUCACCCCCGAUUUGCCGAACCAAGUGCCUGUCACCUGCGCUUCAGCGUCGAGCUGUCAAAUACAACACCUCGCUCGAUUCUUUCACAAGCUUCGCCCUCUCCCUCCCAUUUCCCGACAAGCCCGCGACUCCUACAAGACCACACAACCCGCCCACCGCCAUUCGAGGACGGGUCCUGAGAACAAUUAAACUCUUCUAUCCGACCUCCUUGUGACGAUACUUCCCCAGCCGCUGCUCCCUCCUCACCACACCCUCAGUCGCCGUCGCAACGGAACCACACACUCACAAUGGCCGAAGAGCUGCGCUUUGACGGCCAGGUUGUCGUCGUCACUGGCGCCGGCGGUGGUCUGGGCAAGGCCUACGCGACCUUCUUCGGAAGCAGGGGAGCUAGCGUCGUCGUCAACGACCUUGGCGGCUCGUUCAAGGGCGAGGGCAACUCUACUAGGGCUGCCGAUGUUGUGGUGAACGAGAUCAAGGCCGCGGGCGGCAAGGCUGUGGCAAACUACAACUCGGUCGAGGAGGGCGACAAGAUUAUCGAGACGGCCAUCAAGUCCUUCGGCCGCGUCGAUAUCCUGAUCAACAACGCCGGCAUCCUCCGCGACAUCAGCUUCAAGAACAUGAAGGAUGCCGACUGGGAUCUGAUCUUCAAGGUCCACGUCAAGGGCUCGUACAAGUGCGCCCGCGCCGCCUGGCCGCACUUCAGGAAACAAAAAUACGGCCGCGUCAUCAACACGGCCUCGGCCGCCGGCCUGUUCGGCAACUUUGGCCAGGCCAACUACUCGGCCGCCAAGCUUGCCAUGGUCGGCUUCACCGAGACCCUGGCCAAGGAGGGCGUCAAGUACGGCAUCCUGGCCAACGUCAUCGCUCCCGUUGCCGCCAGCCGCAUGACCGAGACCAUCAUGCCGCCCGACGUGCUGGAGCUGAUGAAGCCCGAGUGGGUCGUUCCUCUGGUGGCUGUCCUGACCCACAAGAGCAACACGUCAGAGACGGGCUCUAUCUUCGAGGUUGGCGGUGGCCAUGCCGCCAAGCUGCGGUGGGAGCGCUCGAGCGGCCUGCUGCUCAAGUGUGACGAGAGCUACACCCCCGGCGCCGUUAUCAGGGGCUGGAACAAGGUCACCGACUUCUCCAAGCCCCAGUACCCCUCGGGCCCCAACGACUUCGUCACCCUGCUCGAGGAGUCGGUCAAGCUGGGUCCCAACGACAAGGGCGAGCCUGUUGACUUCAAGGGCCGCGUUGCCCUUGUUACCGGCGGCGGUGCUGGCAUCGGCCGCGCCUACUGCUUGGCCUUUGCCAAGGGCGGCGCCUCUGUUGUGGUCAACGACCUGAUGAACCCAGACACCGUCGUCAACGAGAUCAAGGCCAUGGGUGGCAAGGCCGUGGGUGUCAAGGCGUCUGCUGAGGACGGCGAUGCCGUCGUCAAGGCUGCCAUCGACGCUUUUGGCCGCGUCGAUAUCGUCAUCAACAACGCCGGUAUCCUGCGGGACAAGGCCUUCACCAACAUGGAUGACAGCCUGUGGGACCCUGUCAUGAACGUCCAUGUCCGUGGCACCUACAAGGUGACCAAGGCCGCCUGGCCAUACUUCCUGAAGCAGAAGUACGGCCGGGUUGUCAACACCACCUCGACGAGCGGUAUCUAUGGUAACUUUGGACAGGCCAACUACGCUGCGGCUAAAUGCGCAAUCCUUGGUUUCUCCAGGGCUCUCGCGCUCGAGGGCGCCAAGUACAACAUCUACGUCAACACCAUCGCACCCAACGCCGGCACCGCCAUGACCAAGACGAUCCUCCCUGAGGAGCUUGUACAGGCGUUCAAGCCCGAGUACAUCGCGCCCCUGGUCCUGGCGCUCUGCAGCGACAAGAUCCCCAAGGACCCCACUGGCGGUCUGUACGAGGUCGGCAGCGGCUGGCAGGGUCAGACCAGGUGGCAGCGCAGCGGCGGUGUCGGCUUCCCUGUUGACGUCAAGCUCACCCCCGAGGCUGUGGCCAAGAGCUUCGCCAAGAUUUGCGACUUCGACGAUGGCAGGGCCGACCACCCGGUCAAGACCCAGGACAGUGUUGGCAAGAUCAUGGCGAACAUGGACAACAAGUCUGGCAACAAGAGCGCUUCGUCCCCGGCCGGCAACCAGCACCUCGAGGCCAUUGAGCGGGCCAAGAAGGCCGAGCCCAAGGGCACCGAGUUCCGCUACACAGACCGUGACUCGAUCCUGUACAACCUGGGAAUCGGUGCCAAGAAGACGGACCUGAAAUAUGUCUUCGAGGGCGCCGACGAGUUCCAGGUGCUGCCGACGUUCGGUGUGAUCCCGCAGUUCGACGCCGAGAUGCCCUUCACGUUUGACGAGGUGGUGCCCAACUUCAACCCCAUGAUGCUGCUGCACGGCGAGCAGUUCCUCGAGGUCAAGAAGUACCCAAUCCCGACCUCGGCCCGCCUGACGUCGUACGGCCGCCUGCUCGAGGUGGUGGAUAAGGGCAACGCCGCCGUGCUCAAGAGCGGCGUCUCGACGGUCAACACCGAGACGGGCGAGGAGGUCUUCUACAACGAGUCCACCGUCUUCCUUCGCGGCUGCGGCGGCUUCGGCGGGCCCAAGAAGGGCGCAGACAGGGGCGCCUCCACGGCCACCCACGCGCCGCCCCAGCGCAUGCCCGACGUUGUUGUCGAGGAGAAGACGACCGAGGAGCAGGCGUGCGUGUACCGCCUGAGCGGUGACUACAACCCUCUCCACGUCGACCCCGCCUUCGCCAAGGUUGGCGGCUUCAAGGCGCCCAUCCUGCACGGCCUGUGCUUCUUCGGCAUGGCCGGCAAGGCCGUGUACGAGAAGUUCGGCCCCAUCAAGAACAUCAAGGUCCGGUUCGCCGGCGUCGUCCUGCCCGGCCAGACGCUCGUGACGGAGAUGUGGAGGGACGGCAAGAAGGUCACGUUCCAGACCAAGGUUAAGGAGACGGGCAAGCUGGCCAUUGGCGGCGCCGCGGCCGAGCUGAUCUGAUGGGUGGACUUGCCCUUGGAUUACUUGCCCAAAGGAGCGCGUUGCCAGCAUACAAAAGUUGGAAAAGCCCAUUGGUGGGCAGCUUGGAUCUGUUCUUGGAAAGUUGAUGAAGCCUUUUUUGUUUAUUGUCACAAGAUCUUGAGUCAUCCCGUUCAUGUACUAGUAUGUCGAUGAAUUAAUAGCAUCGUUUGCUGUAUGAGCCUACAGAAUGUCCAAACUCGU